CCGCUCCGGUUGCUAUGGAAACCCAGCCGCCAUCAUUAUGUCUCAGCCACAGGCCUCUCCAUCGCGGGUGUUCGUGGAACUAGUUCCCUGGGCUGACCGGGCACGGGAGAACAGUCUGGUUUCGGGCGCAGACGCGCUGCCCGGCGUCCGCCGCCGCCACCUGCCGUCAGCCCCGGCGCAGACUGCGACCCGCGAGGUGCACGUCAGCGGCACCGCCGAGGUUUCUGCGAGUCCCGACCGGGCGCAGGUGGCGGUGAGGGUGAGCAGCACCAAGGAGGCGGCGGCCGAGGCCAAGAAAAGCGUUUGCCGCCGCUUGGACUACAUCACGCAGAGUCUCCAGCAGCAGGGGCUGCAGGCAGAAAAUGUAACUGUGACUAAAGAUUUCAGAAGAGUGGAAAAUGCAUAUCACAUGGAAGCAGAAGUGUGUAUUAUAUUUACUGAAUUUGGAAAAAUGCAAAAUAUUUGCAACUUUCUUGUUGAGAAGCUAGAUAGCUCUGUUAUCAUCAGUGAACCCCAGUUCUAUCACACUCCAGGUUCUGUUGAGAGUCUUCGACGGCGAGCCUGUCUUGCUGCUGUUGAGAAUGCAUGGCGCAAAGCUCAAGAAGUCUGUACCCUUGUUGGUCAAACCCUAGGAAAACCUUUGUUAAUCAAAGAAGAGGAAGUGAAAGAAUGGGAAGGCCAAAUAGAAGAUCACCCAUCAUCCAGACUCUCAAGUUCAUUAACUGUACAACAAAAAAUCAAAAGUGCAACUAUACAUGCUGCAUCAAAAGUAUUUAUAACUUUUGAAGUAAAGGGAAAGGAGAAGAAAAAAAAGCAACUCUGAAAUUCUAAACAAAAUGUAAUGUUUGUCUUUUUUCUAUUUUUAUACUUUUUGUAAUGUUUUUGUUAUAAAGUGUAGUGUAUAUAUAUAUACACAUAUGUAUGUGUGUAUACAUAUGUACACAUAUAAGGUGUAUAUAAAGUGUUCUUUCCCCAAAAUUUGUCAACCCUUGAAUAUCAUCCAACAGAAUACUUAUAUUUUACUGGCUAUUUUAAAAAUCUUACUCUGGGAAAUAUUCUUUGGAAAUAAAACGUGUUAUAUUUGUCUACAUAUCUUGUUUACUGACAGUAAUUAUAAUUCAUUUAAUAUGUGUAAAAACAAUUUUUAUAUUUCUACUAUAAAAAUAUUAACACAGUUUUGUAGCAUGACUUUUAAUAUUAAUAGAAAGAUAAUCAGCUAUAUAUAGCUUUUGACAAUAAAGGUAAUCAGGACCAGAGAAAUAGUAAUGCGAGUAAGGCUCUUGCCUUGCAUAUGAUGACUGACAUGGUAUCCUUUGUAGGCCCCUGAGCACAGCCAGAACUGAUCCUAGAGCACUAAGCCAAAAGUAAUCCUGAUGGAAGCCAGAAAAAAAUUGAAAAGGUAAUGAGGUACACUAGGUACACUUGGAAAUGAGACACAAAAACCAGAAGGAAAAAGGAAAAAAAAGAAAAGGUAAUAAGGUAUACAUUGGAAAUUAUUUUGAUGCCAAAUGUAAGAAAAAAUAUCUAUGAACUGGAUAUACAUAUAUGUAUGUAUGUAUAGUAUGUAUAUCCGGACUCUGGCCAGCCUGUUUUCACGCGGGGUGCCCCAAAGGGGGGCAGGUGACAACCCUCCCCAUCCCAAGGGAACCAGUUCCCGUAGCCGACCGACCUCCACUACCCAACCACCACCACACUCCAGGCUGCUUUCUGGACCAUGCGGCCGCGAAGGGGCCGUACAACACAUUAUAAGACACUUCCUACCAUUUUCCAUAAUUACCACACCAUAUUUUAACCCUGAAAAAGCUUCCAGUCGUUGGGAAAGACAAGUAAGGAGAGGCUACUAAAAUCUCUUUGCUGGGAAGAAUAGAGAUGUUACUGGUGCCCGCUCGAGUAAAUCGAUGAACAAUGGGAUAACAGUGAUACAGUGAUCACUGUAUGAACUGGAUCAAUGCUCUGGAUCUAUGAACCAGACUGUUCAGUAAGACUCCUGUCCCAGUACCAUUCAACACAAUAUGAUACAAACUACAAAUGUAGCUUUAAAUAUCCUAUUAAACAUAUAACAAAAGCACUGUCACUGUCACUGUGAUCUGUUGCUCAUCGAUUUGCUCGAGCGGGCACCAGUAAUGACUCCAUUGUGAGACUUGUUGUUACUGUUUUUGGCAUAUCGAAUACGCCAUAGGUAGCUUGCCAGGCUAUUACCCAGAAUAUCUACAGAAUGUCAUUUCAGCCUAUAAUCAAUAUUUCAGAAAUGACUAUGACUUUACCAUUUUUGUA